ACGUGUGAACCGACAGGGAGAAAUAGGAUUUCGGUGAGCAGUUUGGAGGGUGAUCAUUAUUAUUUUUCUUUCCUGGUUAGGCAGCUCUUUCGGAUCGAAGGGGUUAAAAGCGUAUUUUUCGGAACAGACUUCAUUACCGUCACAAAGGAAAGUGAGGAGGUGGACUGGAACUUAAUAAAGCCCGAUAUUUAUGCAACUAUUAUGGACUUCUAUGCGUCGGGCUUGCCUAUUGUUACCGAAGAGGCGCCUCGUACAGACACAGCCCCAUCUGAAGAAGACGAUGAAGUGGUAUUAAUGAUAAAAGAGCUGCUGGAUACCAGAAUCAGGCCAACCGUCCAGGAGGACGGGGGCGACGUCAUCUUCAAGGGCUUUGAAGACGGCAUCGUGCAGUUGAAGCUGCAGGGAUCGUGCACCAGCUGCCCCAGUUCCAUUGUCACCUUGAAGAGCGGCAUUCAAAACAUGUUGCAGUUCUAUAUUCCAGAGGUGGAAGGCGUGGAGCAGGUUGUGGAUGAUAAUGAAGAAAAAGAAGUGAAGUCAACCUGAAUCAGGGAGGAGCCCUGGACUACGGCCAGAAAUUAUGUGCCCGGUGGGUUUGUCUCAACUGGCCCAAAUGCGAUUUCUUCAUUGGGCCAAUUCUUAUUUUUGUUCCACUGUAUAAGAAAGCAAGCGAAUAAGAAGAAGGUGGCCCAUCUUUGCUUUACAUGAACAAAAAAGAGGAAAGCACCCAGAAUAGGCAUGUUCCUAACAGUUUCUCAAAUACUUUCUUCCUCCCUUGGAUUCAAAUAUUUUUUUCUGAAGUAUCUUCUUGAAUAUCAAUUAUCUAUUUAUUUGGCAGGCUGUCUUGUCUCAUUGACAUGUGGUCAUUUCUGGAGAUGAUUUGGUCAUAGAGCACUGCAUUUUUUUUUU